CAGAGCGCUCUAGAGCCCCGGCCAGCGCGCUGCCUUCCCCGUCGCCGGCCAGCUGGGUUUUGGGAAUUCUGGUUUACUUUGGCUCACUCGCUUUUACAAACCACUGGAUCUUACAUGCCUUCUGUACCCCCCACUUCCACUCCAUGUCCCCAUGCUCCUGCGCCAGCAACAGGACAUGUUCUCUGGAUGUCAGCUAAGUUACUAAGGUAACUCUGCAUGUCAGUAGACAGUCCUUGGCAGAAUCUCAAGGCUCCUGGCGAAUCCCAUCUCUCCUCCUUAUUUUUUUUUGUGUGUGUGUCCUCACUGAACAUUCAAAACUGUUUCUCCAAAGGGUUUUGCAAAAACUCAGACUGUUUCCCAGAGCAGAAGCACUGGAGUCCUCGGCAGAAGCGAUGGGCAGUGUGCGAACCAACCGCUACAGCAUUGUGUCUUCAGAAGAAGACGGCAUGAAGUUGGCCACCAUGGCAGUUGCAAAUGGCUUUGGGAACGGAAAGAGUAAAGUCCACACUCGCCAACAGUGCAGGAGCCGCUUCGUGAAGAAGGACGGCCACUGCAACGUCCAGUUCAUCAAUGUGGGCGAGAAGGGACAACGUUACCUCGCAGACAUCUUCACCACAUGUGUGGACAUUCGCUGGCGGUGGAUGCUGGUCAUCUUCUGCCUGGCCUUCGUUCUCUCGUGGCUGUUUUUCGGCUGUGUGUUUUGGUUGAUAGCUCUGCUCCACGGAGAUCUGGACGCGUCUAAGGAGAGCAAAGCCUGUGUGUCUGAGGUCAGCAGCUUCACGGCUGCCUUCCUUUUCUCCAUUGAGACCCAGACGACCAUAGGCUACGGCUUCAGGUGUGUCACUGAUGAAUGUCCAAUUGCCGUUUUCAUGGUGGUGUUCCAGUCGAUCGUGGGCUGCAUCAUCGAUGCCUUUAUCAUCGGCGCAGUCAUGGCAAAGAUGGCAAAGCCCAAGAAGAGAAACGAGACUCUUGUCUUUAGUCACAAUGCUGUGAUCGCCAUGAGAGAUGGCAAGCUGUGUUUGAUGUGGCGAGUGGGCAAUCUUCGGAAAAGCCACUUGGUAGAAGCUCAUGUUCGAGCCCAGCUCCUCAAAUCCAGAAUUACUUCUGAAGGGGAAUAUAUCCCACUGGAUCAAAUAGAUAUCAAUGUCGGGUUUGACAGUGGAAUUGACCGUAUAUUUCUGGUGUCUCCAAUCACUAUAGUGCAUGAAAUAGAUGAAGACAGUCCUUUAUAUGAUUUGAGUAAACAGGACAUAGACAAUGCAGACUUUGAAAUCGUCGUUAUACUGGAAGGCAUGGUAGAAGCUACCGCCAUGACAACGCAGUGCCGUAGCUCUUACCUGGCAAACGAAAUCCUUUGGGGCCACCGCUAUGAGCCUGUACUCUUUGAAGAGAAACACUACUACAAAGUGGACUACUCAAGGUUCCACAAAACUUAUGAAGUACCCAACACACCCCUUUGUAGUGCCAGAGACUUAGCAGAAAAGAAAUACAUCCUUUCAAAUGCUAAUUCAUUUUGCUAUGAGAAUGAAGUUGCCCUCACAAGCAAAGAGGAAGACGACAGUGAAAAUGGAGUUCCAGAAAGCACGAGUACAGACACGCCCCCUGGCAUAGACCUUCACAACCAGGCGAGUGUACCCCUGGAGCCCAGGCCUUUACGGCGAGAAUCGGAGAUAUGACUGACAGAUUCCUUCUGUGGAAUAUUUACUUUAAAACACAGUCUGUUGGUCAAAGACCCAAAACAGUUACACAGACGACGGUACUGGUGAAGAGCUGAGUCAAGGCAAGUGGCCACAAGGCAAGCACGAGGGUUUCAGCGGACGACUGUAAACUCGAAGAUCAACGUAAAGCGCUAAACAUGUCUCCGCAUGACUCGAUGGCACAUAUAUAUGUUAUAGAAUAAGUUAUGGGUUUUUAUGUUUUGUUUUGUGUUUUUACAAAACUUGAACUUGCAGGCAAGCCUUGGUCGGGUAUUUGACUUAUCCAGAGUGCUUCUCUUUGGGGAACAAGAAUGUUUUUAAUGGCAUAACAAAGGCAAGACUCUGCCUUAAUUUUUGAAAAGCUGCUAACUACAUGAAGACAAAUUGUAUUUUUGUUGCAGUGUAGUUUUUCUUUUGUGUAAUUUAAAAGUCAGUGUUGAACUUUGUUGAAAGCUCAUGAUGCGCUUCAGAGUGGCAAGUAUUUGGCUAUGAGCUGCCAAAACGAGAGCCUGAUUUUUUGAGGCCAGUAAUUUGUUCGCUAGAAUUGAUUUUUUUUCUCUCUCUCUUUGGUUACAUAAGGGCAUUAUGUAACACUAGCCAAAUGGUAGCCUCCAGGGUUGUUGUCGUCGUCGUUUUUCCCUCUAUGAUGUUAAUGGGUUAUCUCAAAUUUUAAGUUAGACUACCUAAAAUGAAUACCAAAGAUAAUGCAUAUUUUUGCACAGUGAAGCUGAAACUAAAAAGAAAACAAUGCCCCACGGGCUGCCUUGAAAUCAAGAGACAGCAACUUUGAACCUCAGCAAGACCUUGAACUGCCCUCUCAUUUUGCACCUUAUUCAGAAAAUAGAGCAUCAUGCACACAGAGUUUAAUAAGUCUAGUGCUUUUUAUACUUUUUUUCUUUCAUGGAACACUGUUAUUUUAAGAGGAAGAGGAAAAGGGCAGUAAAGUUGAAAUGCACACCCACACACAGACACACACACCCCACACCACACAAUAGAAACCUCUUUUCUUCCUUGCGAGGUAAUGCUGGCCAGUCUGAUGCAGAAGGGAAGAGAAGGUGAUGGGCUCUUUAGGUUUUUCUGGGUUUUCCCUUUUUUGCACAUUCCAAAAUUUAUUCCACAAGAUAAAAUCCUGGUUGAGCUUAGUUGGCAUCCUCGAAUCUGAGCCAUCCAGCACGAAUGAUAAAUAAGUUUAAACCCUUGCAAUUGAAUUUGCUGCCCUGCCAGGUCAUUUCCAGCUUGACUUUGCCUUAGAAAAGACGCCACGCCUGUCCUCUGGGCUAGUUCUUCUGAUCGGUCUGCCUGGAGUGACUCUUCCAGUGGCAGAAAGGGCUACACAUGCCAAAGAGGGGAAGCAGGAAAUGUGGACAAGCCGCUUUGACACAGCACAGUUCAGCUAUUCAGGAGGUAGAUGAAAGUUGGUUUUAUGUGUGCGUGUGUGUGUGUGUGUGUGUGUGUUUGUGUGUAUGUUUUGUUUUGUUUGUUUGUUUUGUGGCAGAGGGUGGGAAUGAAAAUGUUUCAGUAUUGUUAGGGUAAAAGAAAGCCAUAUAAAUGUAACACAGUCAGGAGUAAAGGAGAUAGUACUCUAAAAGAGUUCUUUCCUUUUUUUGUGUGCACACCCAUAAUUGAAUGUGAGCCCAGCAGGGUUGGUCUCCUCCCGUGGAGCUCUAGAGCAGGUUACUAAGGACACACUGUUUUCCAGAAGCCUCUUCUGCCUGGCCACCUGCCUUGCUAGCAACUUUUUUAUUCCCCUGCUCUGACUCAAUCAUGGAACUCUUUUUUUGGCUCAAAGUUUCCUAUUUGUGAAUUCUGGGGAUACUGACUUUUUGGAGUCUCAAAGUCAACUCUCAUGGUAUUAUACCCCUGUAUGCCAUUAAAAUACAGCUUGUUCUAGAAUCAUGUAUUUUGUAAGUCCGUGUCUGUGAUGGUCUCUGGUUCUCGAACAGCCAUAUCUGAAUGGGGUGCCUGCAGUAAUAUUAUUUUCUGCUGUUUUCAGCACACUAAGCCGAUGGGUUUGAAAAUGGUGGCAUUCUAUUCAUUGAAACCAAGAUAGAGAUGUCAAGCGAGUGGAUGCUAUUUUAGUACAAAUUUAAAGGCAGGUUUGGGAAGGUGUUUAAAGAGUUGGAAGAAUUGGGGAUUGAGUGGACAAGAGAAUUUAUAAAGGAGAAACCAAUUUGGCCGUUGACAGUGAGAGAAUACCGAGGGCUGCAGCUGCUGCUAUUUGAUGUUUUGCAAUGGAAAAUAAUCAAACCAAAGAGUAUUCAGUGAUAUGUAAAUUAAAUGAAGAUACAGUGGAAAAUGGGGGUUGCCACCAAAGAGGGUCCCCCUAAACACACAGUGCUGCCACUUAAAAAGACUUGAGAUAUUUGAAAGGGGGUGGGUAUGGGGGUGAGA